AAGCAGCAGCAGCAGCAGCAGAAGGACGCGGAAGUGGGAUGUUUAGUAGUCGGACAGGGUUUGCUUAGAGCGCCCCAGGCUUCCGUGGAGUAAGGGUGGUGUUGGAAAAGGGUAUUCGACAAUGCGAUGGGUAACUGCUGGGCAUACUGCGCGACGAUGUGUCGGAGAGAAGCCAGCAGAGCGGCAAGAGGCGGCGGGUCAAAGUAUUUCAGGAGCAGCACUACCGGGGAGCAUUACACCAUAGAGUUUGAAAACCUUGUGGAAAGCGAUGAGGCUGAGAGUCCACAGCCCUGCCCAAGACCCAUCAACGAAGAUGAGAUCAGGCACCUCAGAGACCACCGCUAUGCCGCGAUCUCGGACAAGCAGACCUUGAUAGACCAGCGGCUGCAGGCAGAGUUAGAGGAACAAGAGGAGAAGUUAAGGCUAGAAGAGGAGGCUAGAAAUGCCGCCCAGCGCGAGGCUGCCAGGUUGGCGCGUGAGCGAAAGUUGAAGGAGCUGGCUGCCCAGAGGACAAGGGGUCGAGCCGAUGGUGCCGCUGGUGAGAGUCAGCAGAGGAAGCAGAACCCUGGGGAAGACUUUGACGUCUAUCUCCAAAAUGUGAAAGCCCAGUCGGAGGCCUUCAGGACCAGCAGGCUGUCAUCCGAGACGAAUGUGGCCACUCCCAACACUGAGUACAGCUGGGAUUUUACCACCAAGACCCGCUCCACCAACGAUGACGGGACCUCGCUAGACCUCGAGUGGGAGGACGAGGAAGGGAUGAACUGCGCCGUUCCAACCUGGGAGAGGUCUCGGACCGAGGAGGACAUCCUGCGAGCGGCGCUGAGGCCCAGCAGCAAGCGGCUGGACAGCGGCCCGCCCUCGGCCUCGGAGGACUCCAGUGCGCUGGAGUGGGAGAAUGACUUUGUGAGUACACACGCCGAGGACAACCCAGACUCUGAGUUUGAGGGUUUUGUCAACCCCGUCAUCGACAAUCCCUCGGAGGAAGCGCGAGGCAGCGGCCUCCGCUCGGCCAUCCAGGACAGAUAGUGUCCGGCACCAAAGCGACGGUAUCUAGUGUGCACUUCAUUUCAAUGCCCCCCCCCCCCCCCCAGAUUUUCACUUCAUCCGAUGGAAAGUCAAGAUUGUGACUCCUCAUUUAGCGGGAGAGUCCCACGCUUUGGUAGUUCGUCUUGAGUGUUAGUUUUUCACCACAAACGCAAAGGUGUAAGAGAGGUUUUGACAAGCGCAGACGGCAUCUUUCUUCAGUGCCUUGUUUUUUUUGUUGUUGCUAAGGUUAGCCAACCGAUAGUCGAUAAUACUUAACCACAAUGCAAACUGCCCAGGAAGGGCAUACAACACUUUUUUGCAGCAUGUUUUACAAUUUCAAGCUGUGUAAGCAUACAGAUGCUUUCAGAAGAGCAUCGCACUGCACUCGGCGAUGCAGGUUUGCCAGAGAGGAGGCCUUCGGCCAUGUGGAAACACUGUCAGCCAUUAUGCCCACUUGUUUUCAGGCCAGGAAUGAGUCGUUUUAUUUCUUCUCCUCUUUAUUUAAGGGUCAUUUAUCGUUUGAUCAAUAAUGUUUUGAAGAAAAUUGUGUUUUCAAAGCUACUGCUUCAAAAUGAAGGUUGCUGGGCCUUAAUAGUUGUCAGAAUGUGUGUGCGAGGCUGAACCACAUUGUUGUAUUAUUCAUUCAAUGAAAUCAAAAUGACCACUGACUUGUCUUCUCCCACGUCUUGCUCUCUUUGUCCUACACUCUGUUUUAUGCCUUUCCUCCCCCUGCUGUGAAGCAAUCAACAGUGAUUAUUGACGAGGUGAUUAAAAGUUUAUUUAUACUUGAGGCGUCCGAGUAGGGUGGCGGUCUAGUCCGUUGCCUACCAACAUGGGGAUCGCCGGUUCGAAUCCCCGCGUUACCUCCGGCUUGGUCGGGCAUCCCUACAGACACAAUCGGCCGUGUCUGCAGGGUGAGAAGCCGGAUGUGGGCGUGUGUCCUGGUCGCUGCACUAGCGCCUCCUCUGGUCAAUCCAGGCGCCUGUUCAGGGGGGGGAACCGGGGGGAAUAGCGUGAUCCUCCCACACGCUACGUCCCCCUGGUGAAACUCCUCACUGUCAGGUGAAAAGAAGCGGAUGGCGGCUCCGCAUGUAUGGGAGGAGGCACGUGGUAGUCUGCAGCCCUCCCCGGAUCAGCAGAGGGGGUGGAGCAGAGACCGGGACGGCUUGGGAGAGUGGGGUAAUUGGCCGGAUGCAAUUGGGGAGAAAAAGGGGUGGAAAUCCAAAAAAAAAAAAAAAACUUUAUACUUGAAUUUGGUUUUUAGGUCACGUUAAUUCUUGAGUGAAACAGUCGAAUAUUUUUAGGCAAAUUUAUCUGAAAAGAUGUUAAAAUAAAAAAUCAAAGCUAUCAUGAGCGACUUAUGUGACCUGAACAAUGUAGGAAAGUAGACCAUGUAGUUAAUUAUCCCUUCCCAGCUUGCCUAUUUCGCUCUCUAUAACCAACUCGCCUGCUUGUUUAUUUUCUCCUCUGCCACGUACCUCCCUGGGAAGUGUUUAACAGACAUGGUCCUUUUCUAAUCGGGGUCAAAGCAUUCUUGUGUUUGUUUCUAUAAUUAUUAUUAUUGCAGGUUGUUCUGCCCUAAAUGUGUCUGGAGCUUAGAAACAACAAGGCCUUGAGGCAGCAAACUUGGUCAGCAGGUUCUAACCCUUCUCACUACUCGUAAAAUUUUUUUUUUAAAUCGGCCUGUAGGUGGCGCUAUUACGAGCCACUUUACAUUUUGGCCUGUAUCUUAAGAACUAUUUGGUCUAGAGUUGAAUUUCUCAUUUCUCCUGAAUCCUUGGCUCGUGCCGGAGCUAAACUUUUUAUUUCCGUCAUUGAAUUUUCCGCCAUUUUGGAUUUUUGAAAAAAACAUGCUUUUUUUUUCUUUUUCUUUUUUUUAAACUCCCCCUAGACUGCUGAUCUCAGUGGCCCGCGACAAAAAGAUUUCCAAAAGAAAUUUGAUAAGUAAAACCGUUUGUCUGCAACAGGCCAAUCAAAUUUGGGGCUUGGCCCAUAUUGAUGGAAUGAGCCGUAUCUUGUGAACGCAAUGUCUAAUUGUCAUGAUAUUUGUGACGUUGUAUCACAAGGGGCUAAAAAAUACACCCUCCAAAACUAUUUUCACAUUUGGUAUGCUGCACCUUCAUCAUGCAUCGUGCUAAUGACAGAUGAGAUGACAGCUUGAUCAUGGAAACAACAUGGCUGCCACCAGCCAAUCAAAUUUCAGCUGCCAAUACAGAUACGUCUGUAUGACUAAUCGUCAUGAAAUUUGGUUUACAUGUGCAGGUAUGCUCCAGCAUCAGCCUGACGGUGGCGCUGUCACAACUCACUUUACAUUUUGGCAUCUAGCUCAAAAAAAUAUUCUGUCUUGACUCAAAACUUUGGCUCCUCCCAAAUCCUUGGGUCAUGCCCAAUCAUGUGCAAGUAAACGCCAGAUGUUAGCCAACAACAUUUGGUCAGAAUGUGAAUAGGUGCCAAUAGGUAGUGCUUGUCUGAAAUUGCCUGGACCCCAAUAACUGCCACUUGCAGCUUAAUUAUUGUAGUUAAUGUCAUGACAAUUUAAAACCCUGCUGCUAGCCUACUCUGAAAACUGCAGUGGAAAAAAUGAAUUUGACGUUUAUUUUGUUCAUUCACGGUACCUGUGUUUUGCAAUAAUUAUGCAUUGAUAGGGGCGUCCAGGUAGUGUAGCAGUCUAUUCCAUUGCUUACCAACACGGGCAUCGCCGGUUCAAAUCCCCGUGUUACUUCCGGCUUGGUCGGGCGUCCCUACAGACACAGUUGGCCGUGUAUGGGGUGGGAAGCCGGAUGUGGGUAUGUGUGUCCUGGUCGCUGGACCAGCGCCUCCUCUGGUCGGUCGGGGCGCCUGUUCGAGGGGGGAGGGGGAACUGGGGGUGAUCCUCCCACACACUACGUCCCCCUGGUAAACCUCCUCACUGUCAGGUGAAAAGAAGCGGCUGGCGACUCCACAUGUAUCGGAAGCAACGUGGUAGUCUGCAGCCCUCCACAGAUCGGCAGAGGGGGUGGCGCCGCGACCGGGAUGGCUCGGAAGAGGGGUAAUUGGCCAAGUACAAUUGGGGAGAAAAGGGGAUGGGGGAGAUCAAAAAAAAUUAUGCGUUGAUGAAAAAUACAAUUGUAAAUAUACAGAACUCCCACAUUGAACCAAUGGAAAUGAGGGGACAUUUUACAAGAUGGCAUUCGCAUGCAACCAAGUGUACACAACAGCUCUGGCCAAGCGCACAAUUCAUGGGUCAUUGUAGGACUACUGGGUUUUAAGCCCGGCCUCACUCAAAUUGUCAUUUCGACAGGACAGCAAACUGAUUUCUUAGACUGGUUCUCCUGCUCAUGGUUUACAACAUACCGAGGCUGCACCCUGCGAACAGAACAGGCAAGGGCCAGACUGAUGAUGUCUGAUUAGCGAUCAUAAUGAGAUGGGAAAUUCUUGUCAAAAGGGUAAGAGUUGUGGAGCAAUCCACUCAGUGACCUCAUGGGGUAUCGGCACCCCAUGUUCAGGUGGCACGAUGUUUUUGCUUACUGAUUUGGAUGCAUUUCAACGACAGAACAAUGCAAUGGUUUGAAAAGUUUUUUUUUUAAUGUGGGGAAACAAGUUGGUGUCAGUCUAAACAAGUAUGCUGAUGACAGCAUGUAUUUUGUAUAUAAAGUCACACGGUACUCUGGCUCGUGUCAGGUACUCUGGCUCGUGUCAGUCAGAUAUAUCGGAGCCAGUUCUGUCCUGCACAGGAAUCGGCUUUGUCCUUGCCCUGUGCAGAAACGGCAUCUUUUGUUCCUUUUAACCAGGAUCACCCCCCUUUUUCACUCUGAAUGUAGUGCAUUUUUCUAGUCGCGUUCGCACAUCUGGAUUAUAAUCCUGACUUCUGUGUGUUCUUUGCUCUUACGGGACGUCCACUGAAUUUUCCAAUACAUGUAUAUAUGCACUGUUUCCUGCACAGAAAGAGAAGGGAGUUAUUCUGCAGCAAAGUGACCUUGCUGUUUUAUAACAUCUUGAAAUUAACUGAGUUUUCGCAGUAGUUUUAGAUUUCUGAGUAUGCUUUUUUUCAACUCAGUCACACAUUUUGACAGAAUUUUGAUGUAACUGAUCAAUCAUUGCAGAUUUCUGUAAAAACUGUAACUUAACAUUCCUUGUCACAGCAGAAGUCUGAGAAUGAAUAAAACACGGUGACAGGC